CAAUGAUCUGGAUCAUCUUCAGCUCAUUGUUCGUUAUCAGCUUUUCGUCUUUGGCGACUGCCAUGUCAGGAUACAGCAGCAAUAGCGAAGCGGUCAUGCCAGACUAUGCUGGUCAUCUGGUCGACUACGCGGACUACGAGGUUGUCCACUUCGCCAUCAACGAUGCCUGGCGGAUUGGCGAGCCCGAACCUGUUACUGUUACUGUUGGUAAUGCUUGCGUGUGGCAAGGGAUAGGCUCCAAGGACGAUGACACCGACGGGGUUACCAAAGGUGCUGGUACCUAUCCUUCUAGAGAUGUCGAUACCGACGACGACGAAGAUCCCUUCGAAUACGUCCCGUUCAACUGUACCAUGUUCUGGCGCACAGUUCAGUAUGUCGGUCUCUAUGGCCUCGAAGCAUCUCGACAUUCGCCCAGCACAUUUGUAUGGAAUGGAAUACAACAUAACCUGACCUCUCCGACACUGAACAUCACAACAUCAUAUACGCCGUCGUCGUUGUUAUCUCUCUCAAACUAUCUUGACGACUUCUCCACCCAAUCACCAAGCACUCUGAAGUCGGUCGGUAAAGUGUCUGAAUCCACAUUCUGGAUUUACGACAAUCAAACGUAUUCGUUCGACUAUGUUCUGGAUCACGCGACCUGUCAAUACACGCAUUCGCACAAUUGGGGUUUCUCAUUUUUGCUGCUGUUCACAACGGCAUUGCUGCUGGCUAUUUGGGCCGUAGGGACAUAUGUUUUGUGGUUGUCUGUUGAUCUUCAUUCACCACGCUUGGACGGCCAUGGAGCCGGAAGGCGGUUUGAUGCUGGGAGCAGAGGGAUAUAUCGAUCGAGUUGGGAGCUCGUGGAAGCGUUGAAGACGUAUCUAGGACAUGACGCUGUCCAUCCAGGGAUGAGUGAGAAUGAAAUCCGCAGUAUGAUCAAGCGACGUCGCAGAUAUGUCACCGGCGGUGCCCAAGGUGUGGGCACUGCGUGUGAUGCGCAUUUUCUACAGCGGUCGGACACGAAAGCAGAGGAAGGUACAUUUCAUGCCCAUUCACUUGCGCAAACGCCGGCACCAGGCCAGACACCCUGGAAGAAGUUCAAGCAGUGGUCGCGUCCACUACGACCAAACGCCGAAGAGUCGAUCAGACGCCCACGGCAUGCAGAUGCAACACUCUCCACGGCUUCACAACACCCGAUCCUGAUAUCUCGCAGCACGCUUGGAACAACAACAUCCUCCCUCACAUCACCCUCGCCGUCUUCGGUGGUUACUUUUAGCAACCUGCUGACAACCGAACAUGAUAUGCUUGCCGAGUCAGGGUCUCGUUCGGUCGACGGCCGAAGAAAUAAGCCGCGACUCAGCAAGUUGAAUUCCACAGGGUCCGGUGUAGACCAAAUCCAAGGUCAGGGUCGGUCCGUUUCUGCAGCUUCAUCGGGAACUUGGUGGCUUGCACCAGCAUCGGCUUCGAGCUCAGGGGCAUCAUCGACGUUUGUUACGUCGAUUGAAGAUGCCGACACGCUUGGUAGCGGGACUAAUGGUCGACUCGUGGGAGGAAAGGGGCAGGAUAUGGCUGCGCAAGGAACAGACGGCGAUGUAUUGGAGUUUAGGUAUGAUCUCGGCGACGAUUGAACAAAGCAAAUUAUCGUGUUCCCGG